AUGGCGAAGCUCGACUACGAUGCGCUGAGGGCGCAGACCAUGGGCGCGGGCAACGAUGAAGCUGUUACAGUCAACACUCGCGCUCUCAUAGACAAAGUCCUAGCACGAUACUCGGGAGAAUGGACUACGCUCAGAGAACUCCUCCAGAACGCUGCCGACGCGUCAGCCUCGAAAGUUAUUAUCAAAUUUGAGACUUCGCCCUCACCGACAGUGCCGGUUCCGCAAAGCUCGGAUCCAUCGGCCCAACUGAAGCAUGUACUGUUACAUCAUACGCUGAAGUCCACGAUAGUCGAGAACAACGGCGAAGUGUUCAAAGGUACGGACUGGUCCAGGCUGAAAAAGAUCGCUGAAGGUAACCCAGAUGAGACAAAAAUUGGUGCUUUUGGUGUGGGCUUCUACAGUGUCUUUGCGGACUGCGAGGAGCCAUUUGUUUCCUCGGGGAAAGAAGCUUUGGCGUUUUACUGGCAAAAGGAUGCCCUGUUUACGAAGAGCUUGGCUUUGCCGAACGGCCAGACUAACAACACCACAUUCGUUCUUCCUAUGCGCAACCGUACCUCUCCGAUCCCGUCUUUGCUAUCGCUGUGUCAAUUUCUCACGAGCAGCCUUACAUUUGUUGGGCUCGAAUCUAUCGAGAUGUGGCUAGAUGAAUGGAGGAUAAUCACAUUGAACAAGAAGGUUGCUCCGAGCGUUGGUCUACAGAUACCGAAAGAGGUGGAGAGGAAAACACGAGAAGGCUUGAUGCAUGUGGCUGAUAUCACUAAAGAAGCUGCCCAGCUGGAUGCACAUUGGUUGAAAGUCGUGGAGUGGAAGCCGAAAGCCGCCUUGAAUAAUCUAAGCGUUGGGUCGGGUUCGACCGUCAAGGGAGCUCAGUCGAGUCAGUCCCUGCGUGGGUUCUUCUCCAGGCUGGCUCCUGGUGCCUCGAACAGCGCAGCUCUCGAGAGAGCGGCGACAGAAGAGAAGCAAAUCCAGGAGAGUCUAGAGGAAGAUCUUAUGGGUGAUUCUAAUGCUACGAUAUUUCUGCAUGUCAAUAAGGCCACAGUCCGGACUCUCGUCAGCCAAAGCUUCAGCUCGGAGCUCGAGAGAGCCACAAAGAAGCCUCCUCCCAAGACUACAACAGUCUCCCUUCUCAGUGCAUCAUACGAUGAGCAAAUAGCUUCGACCUCCUCCGGUAAAGCUUCCAUGGCACCCAGAAUCUUUGGGACAUUCAUCCCCACUGACGGCAAGGGACGCGUGUUCAUUGGCUUCACAACAAAUCAAACCACCGGUCUAAACGUUCAUAUUAGCACACCGUCGAUCAUCCCUACCGUCGAGCGGGAGUCUAUUGACUUGAAUAACCGAUUCAUCAGAGUAUGGAACGUCGAGCUUUUGCGUGUCGCUGGCAUUGUCGCGCGGGUAUCCUGGGGCAAUGAAGCUUUGGAGUUGAAGGAGAAGCUUUCUCGAGCAUUAAAGGUCGCGGAAAGGAACCACGUGGUCAAAGAUGACAUCGUUGCAUUGCUCCCCGAAACGCUGUAUCUCCACAAAACUUUUACGUGGAAUGAGUCAACACCAUCCUCCGAGGUUGGGACACUGAUGGAGGAAGCGUUCUGGACCUGCAACCAAAAGACAACGAUAGCUACAUUAUCAACUCAAGGAGUUCUGCCAUCAUCCCAAGUACGCAUUGCACAUGAGGAACUCGGAUUUGUCGAAGGCAUACCCCUGCUGCCUGAAGCUUUGGCAGGCGUUGGAGUCAUCAAAAAGCUGAUAGAUUAUGGCGUCAUUACCGAGGUCACGAUAUCGGACAUCAAGUCAGAAUUGGAAGGAAAAGCUUUGGACGCGGCACAGCUCCGGCGGUUCUUAGAAUGGCUUGGGCAUAAAGCAAAAAUCAAUGAGAUCGACGGGGUAGUGAUUCGGUCUCUGCUUGAUGUUGCUGUUGCAAAUGACGAUGAAGAUGGCAGUGGGAGGGUUAUCGUCUUGGCAGAAAUGAAGCACUUUCUCAAUGUUUCGAGGAUCCCACCAGAGAUGCCUAUUCCACCAAACACGCUGCCUUUCAAAUUCACCAAGAAGAUUAGUAAAUCUGAAUUGGAAAUGCUAGAUUUUGAGGAUCUGCAUCUAGUUCCAUGGCUCCGAUGGCUCAUCGAGAAUACUGGUGGCCGUGGUGCCCUCUCGUCCGACCAGGAUAUCACCACGUCACCUGCUUUCGCCAGCAGCGUCCUACCCAUAAUAUCCAAACAGUGGGAGGGAUUAAGCCAGUCAUCCAAGUCAACUGUCAUUGAUUUACUGGCACCGCGGACCGUGAUACCGACUAAGAUGGGCAUGAAGAAGCCAGCUGACGCCUACUUCCCCUCGGUAAAGCUAUUUGAUGACCUUCCCGUGGUCACUGGCCUUCAUUCAGUGAAAGACAAGUUAUUGACGGCGUUGCAAGUACGAAAAACAAUAGACAUCGGGGUCGUUUUUGAUCGAUUGAUGGACCUAACCCCGUCGACCACCUCAAACAAGACGCAGAUUCCCGCUUCUUCGAGGAAAUGGAGCCAUGUGGAUCUUAUCAAAUACUUGGCAUCGGUCCAAAAUGACAUUCCAGCUGCCGAUAUCAAGCGAUUGAGGACAAUGAAAAUAUGUCCAGCGGAAACAGAAGCUCUCCAGCCUUCCGCCGAACGUUACCAGGCCUCGGAGCUUUUUGAGCCCGACCAGGCGCUCAGACGGCUCAAGCUGCGUACUAUGCAUUGGCCAGGUAUCUAUCGUCCUGAAAGCCAGGAGGGCAAGUUUCUUAAAGUUCUUGGAUUACGCCCGUAUCCAGGCUACCCAGACCUCAUUCAUAUUAUGUCAACUGCAGCUGCAAGUGGAGAUCUGCCCCUCCGGGAUCAGGCUUUGAGAUAUUUCAUUGAUUACCACCAAACGAAAGGCUAUUCCCAGUACGAUCACACAAGCGUGACGUCUGGAUAUCUACCCAUCGAAGGCUCGGAAAAGAAGGUGGCAAGUCCGAACGACUGUUUCUCGAACGAGCGCGCAGCUAUCAUGGGCUUUGAUGUUUUGCGACACGACCUGCACGUCCACGCUUUAAAGUUUGGCGUCAAGCCUGACCCACCGAUUGCAGAAUGUGUCAGCCGCUUAAUCAGCAAUCCACCACAAUCUAAACGCAAUGCCCGCGAAGUCUUCGCCUAUUUUGCGAGUCGGCUGUCAGAGAUGCACGACCGAUAUGCGGAGACACUCAGUGGGGCUUCCAUAGUCCCUGUGAUGUCCAAGUCGAGCAGUAUCGCCAGCCCAAAGUCCGAAAGUUCAGAGCGAAUCGUACAUAUACCGCCUCGCAUCUGCUUUCUUGGCGAUGGCGAGAAGUACGCAGAUGUCUUUGAUUAUGUCGAUUUCGGUCAGGAAGCCAAUACCUUUCUCUUAAGGGUCGGUUCCAAGCACGAACCUAGCACGACUGAGUUGACAAAGCUUUUGGUUCGCGAGCCAGCGAGAAUCUUUUCGGUGCUCGGCGACACCAGGUAUUUGGAGUUGCUACGGAGUGUGGCAGCUUCUUGGCGCACUUUGAAGAAAGACAAAGCCUUGGUCAAGGAGAUGAAGGCGGCUAAAUGCCUGCUCGCAUAUAGAGAGAUCAGCUCGAAGUUAUCGAAAGGCGAAUACGAAGAGGAGGAAGAGUCCGGGAUUAAGUCCUGGGAACUUGCAAACGCCAGCCAGGUGGUCAUUGUAGAUGACAUCAUCACCUAUAACCUGUUCAAAUCGAGUCUUCUGGCGGCUCCUAUGGAGGAGACUCUUGAGGAGUUCUACCACAGUCUCGGCGCUCCUGAGGUCGCCAGUCUCCUCGAGGAACAACAAAGCAUCGGCAUGGUCUCGAAGGACCAAACGUCAGCGUUGAAACUACAACAAUUACUUCACGAGCGAUCGCGGCUCUUCCUACACGACUACUCCUCUGAAAUGAUUAAGCACAAUGCAAAAUGGAUAGAGCAGAAUCUCAAGGUGAAAUGCGUGCAGACAAUUGCUCUUAGGAGGUCGCUGCGGGGGUACAACUUGAGUCACCGAGAGUCUAGGAGCGCUGUGGUCCACAGCGACAAGCCAAUACUGUAUAUCAUUUCCAAAGGCUACGAUAUGCUCGAGGUCAGUCAGGCCCUGGUGCCUGUUUUACUGCAGCGCUCGAAGCCCCAAUACAUCUUUAUGCUCGAGAUGAUAUUGGAAUCCAGUCUGCAGAAGCUACGCUCGAGAGGUUACAAUGUAGGCCGAAUCAUGCAACAGAAGGAAACGGAAGCUCGCAUCGCCGAUGAGGCUCUCAAGCAGCAACAAGAGGAGCAACAACGGGAGAUCAAAGAGCGCGAAGCAGCUUGGAAAGAAGCACACGCCGCGAGCGCCGCAAAGGCCCAACAGAACGCAAUGCCGGGGAUCUUCCCCGACUCGCCCGAUCGUCCAAGCUUGACUAAUUCAGUUGAGGCAGAGCCUAUUAUGGACAGACCCCGAGGCUUGUUCUCUGGCAUACGUAAGCAAUUCGGAUUCGACAAUCAGCGGCCGUCCGUCCAAAACAAUCCUGCAAGCAGAGGCAAAAAUCGUGUCAUUGAGGCUCCUCGGGAUGAUGCACCGCCGCCAUAUUCACAGAAUGAAGGACAUGUUUCACAAACGCAGAUCCCACAGCCAGAGACUGUAACGGCACCGCAUCACCUCCAGCAAAAUCUAGUCAACGCCAUUCAAGCUUCCCGAGCGCACAACACAGCAAGCGUGAUCAGCCAGCCAGCUGUAAACGACGUUAAAGAGGCAGGUGGAUCAUAUUGUGACGCAAGACCAGGCCAAGAUAUAUCACUUAUUGGGGAGACCUCUAAGGUCCGGAUCUUUCUAUCUAACACCGUCGCCGCAAAUGGCCUGAAUGCCACCAAAUUCAUGGAAGCCAAUGUCUCCGCCUUGAAACUCUUCGCUACAGUUCUGUUGGACUGCGCCGAUGUCUUCGCUCUCAAUCGCUCUACGGUGCACAUCUUCUACGAUGACGCUGGUAGCACCAUUGCUUUCAAUCAAAGCAAAGCUCUCUUCUUCAAUUACAGAUACUUUGAAAACUUGCACUUGCCAUUAGUGCAACAGGGAAACAAGACCGAUGCUAUUGUGUACUGGUGUGUCGUUAUGGCACACGAAUUGUCGCAUAAUCUAGUCUCCGAUCACUCCGCGCAGCACAGCUACUACACCGAAGCCAUGGUCAUCCAAUACUUCGGUAAGAUUGCCUCCAAGAUCGGCGCGCAACAAUGGUCAAAUUCUACUGGAGGACCGACUCUACCUCCGGAUCCAAUCCGACCUACCCAUCUGCAGAAUCGAUUGGUGGACAUAGACUGA